GCUGGGUUGCUAGCGGUGUUGUUUUUGCUACUUUUAAUAAAUAUAAAUAUAUUUUCUAACACACGGUUUAUCAGAGGAGGAACAUGCCGACUCUCAAUGGGAAAUCCGACGUUAUGUUUGAAGAUGAUGAUUUACCCUAUGAAGAAGAAAUCAUCAGGAAUCCAUAUUCCGUCAAGUGCUGGACGCGGUAUAUUGAACACAAACAAAAUGCACCAAAGGCGGUGCUCAACAUGAUUUAUGAACGUGCCCUUAAAGAACUACCUGGCAGUUAUAAAUUGUGGUACAAUUAUCUGAGAGAGAGGAGGAAGCAAAUUAAAGGGAGAUGCAUUACAGAUCCAUCAUACGAGGAGGUCAACAACUGCCACGAGAGAGCACUGGUCUUUAUGCACAAGAUGCCGAGGAUAUGGCUGGAUUACUGUCAGUUCAUUGUGUCUCAGAGCAAAAUCACAAGAAGCCGUCGGACAUUCGACCGAGCAUUGAGAGCAUUACCCAUUACCCAACAUCCCCGCAUCUGGCCCCUGUAUCUCAAGUUUGCUCGAAACUUACCCCUGCCUGAAACAGCCAUCUGUGUUUAUCGCCGGUAUCUUAAGCUUUCUCCAGAGAAUGCAGAGGAGUAUAUCGAUUACCUGCGGUCCGUUGAGCGGCUGGAUGAGGCUGCAAUCCGACUAGCAGCUGUCGUCAAUGAUGAAAGCUUUGUUUCAAAAGAAGGCAAAUCAAACUACCAGCUGUGGCACGAGCUGUGCGACCUGAUCUCCAAGAACCCAGACAAGGUGUCUUCCCUGAAUGUAGGUGCCAUCAUCCGGGGUGGCCUGACACGGUUCACAGACCAGCUAGGCAAGCUCUGGUGCUCACUGGCUGACUACUACAUCCGCAGCGGUCACUUUGAGAAGGCUCGUGAUGUAUACGAGGAGGCCAUUCAGACUGUAGUUACUGUACGAGACUUCACCCAGGUGUUCGACAGCUACGCUCAGUUCGAGGAGAGCAUGAUUGCUGCCAAGAUGGAGACCACGUCCGAGAUGGGCAAAGAUGGAGAUGAUGACGUUGAUCUGGAGUUGCGCUUGGCUCGGUUUGAACAGCUGAUCACGCGCCGGCCACUCUUACUGAACAGUGUGCUGUUGAGGCAGAACCCACACAACGUCCAUGAAUGGCACAAGAGAGUCAAACUCUAUGAAGGCAUUCCUCGACAGAUCAUCAACACGUACACUGAGGCUGUACAGACAGUUGACCCCAUAAAGUCAACCGGAAAGCCCCACUCCCUCUGGGUGGCCUUUGCCAAGUUCUAUGAGGAUAAUGAGCAGCUGGAUGAUGCAAGAACUAUCUUCAACAAAGCAACCAAGGUCAACUACAAGCAGGUGGACGACCUGGCAGCAGUGUGGUGUGAAUAUGGUGAGAUGGAGUUGCGGCAUGAGAACUACGAUCAGGCACUACGCAUUCUCAGGAAAGCCACAGCAAUCCCAGCAAGAAAAGCAGAGUACUUCGAUUCAUCAGAACCAGUGCAGAAUCGAGUGUAUAAAUCGCUUAAGGUCUGGUCAAUGCUGGCAGAUCUGGAGGAGAGUCUCGGCACCUUUCAGUCAACAAAAGCAGUGUAUGACCGCAUUAUUGACCUCCGUAUAGCGACUCCACAGAUCAUCAUUAACUACGCCAUGUUCCUCGAGGAACACAAUUACUUUGAGGAAAGCUUUAAAGCAUAUGAGCGAGGCAUUGCACUGUUCAAGUGGCCUAAUGUGUAUGACAUCUGGAACACGUACCUCACCAAGUUCAUCGAACGCUACGGAGGCAAAAAACUGGAACGAGCACGAGAUCUGUUUGAGCAAGCUUUGGAUGGCUGUCCUGCCAAGUUUGCAAAAACCAUCUACCUGCUGUAUGCUAGACUGGAGGAGGAGUACGGGCUAGCCAGGCAUGCCAUGGCUGUGUAUGAGAGAGCAACGCAGGCUGUGGAGGCAGAAGAGCGCCACCUUAUGUUCAACAUCUACAUUAAAAGAGCUGCAGAGAUCUAUGGGGUUACUCACACCAGAUCCAUCUACCAAAAAGCUAUUGAGGUCCUUCCAGAUGAACAUGCUAGGGAUAUGUGUCUACGCUUUGCUGACAUGGAGAGCAAACUUGGCGAGAUCGACCGGGCGAGGGCCAUUUAUUCAUACUGCUCUGAGAUAUGCGAUCCCAGGAUGACGGCUAAUUUCUGGCAGAUGUGGAAGGAGUUUGAGAUUCGCCAUGGCAAUGAGGACACAAUCCGCGAGAUGCUUAGGAUCAAACGAAGUGUCCAGGCCACCUACAACACACAGGUCAACUUCAUGUCCUCACAGAUGCUUAAAGCAACCACCAGUGCUACAGGCACAGUAUCAGACCUUGCUCCAGGUCAGAGUGGUGUUGAUGACAUGAAGAUGUUGGAACAGAAGGCCCAGCAGUUGGCUGCAGAAGCAGAACAGGAUAAACCCAAAGACAAGAUACUCUUUGUCAGGAGUGACACCUCUCGCAGUGAACUGGCUGAACUGGCUAAACAAGCCAACCCAGACGAGAUCGACAUCGAUGAGGAUGAGGAAGACGAAGACGGAGAUGUAGAACCAGACGAGGUGCAGCUGGAGCAGAAGAGUGUCCCCACUGCUGUGUUUGGAGGGCUGAAGGAUGACUAGAUAAAUUAUCACUGAUGGAUGACGACCUGAAAUACGAAAAUAUGACGCACCCAGAAAUAGAGGAUAUUUUUGAAAACUGCAAAUGAACUGUUUUGAUAUCGUGCUGAUUUUUUCACUGUUAAGAUAAAUAGCUGUAAUAAUGUGACGUUUGCUGGUGGAAACACAGGAGGGCGCUCUUUCUCAUAUUUACUCAUCUGUUUCCCAUAAAAAAUGUCCCACAAGAGUAUGAAAGUUGCACUUAUCAACCCAAAAAUGCUAUUUGCAUUUGAACCACGUUGAAUAAAAGAUGAUCUGUGAUAAAGUGCUACUAAAUAAAAAUAAGAACAUUAGUAAAUAUA